AUGGAAUCAUCCGCGUCCGGUUCAGGAGAAUCGCAAACUCAAAAAAGAAGUGUUAUUUGGAUGCAUUUCACCAAUAUAUCGGAAGCUAAUGCAAAGUCUAAUCUAUGUAAAAAUAUUUAUUCGCAUAAAAAUGGAAACAUUAGCAAUUUAAGGAAGCAUUUGAAAACUAAACAUCCGACUCUUUCAUUGGAAGGAGAAAGGGCAAAACGGCGGGUGGAAGACGAAAAUAUGCCUAGGUGCAAAAGGAACUUAGUUUCAGGCGUCGAUCCGGCCCUGCUGAACUUACCCUUUAAUAGCGCCUGA